CCAUUCAAUGAAAUACCUUCAAUCAGUAUGUUUAUAACCACUACGGACGUAUGCAAUAAAAAGAAGCAAUUGUCGGAAUCGUGUUAAGUUUUCCCUAGUUACGGAUUGUCCGAAAUAGUGGACCCGAAUAUAGAACGUAAGUAAUUCAUUUGCGUGUUGCGAUAUAGAUGUGAGAAGAGUGCGUGAAAAUUCGGCAAGUGAAUGAAAAUUUAAAAAAUCAAUGACGGCAGGUGGUGCAAGGGUGGAACACAAAGAACACUCACUUCCUAUCCGUCGCGAUUUGGACUGGAAUCCUAGUGCCAGCAGAGAGAAGAUAUCGAUUUUGGUGCUGUAUAACGUGAUCACGUAACAAGGAAGUUCCACCGAGAAUUCAAGGAAAUCUUCAAAGGGAACAAGUCGAGAGGAAUAAUGCUUGCAGCAUACAAAAACGGUGGUCUGCUUGCCAGCAGCAUACAAAGGUAUGGCAUCCGUUGUAUUGGUUCCGUCGUUCCGGAUACCAAGUUACCAGAAUUCCCCCUCCACAACGAACCCGUGCUGGAAUACAAAAAGGGUUCGAAAGAGCGCAAGGAGAUCGAAGCUGCACUGAAAAAGACCGCGGAAAAAAUGGAAGAUGUCCCAAUUAUUAUCGGAAACGAGGAGUUCCGCACCAACAAUGUCCGGCAUCAGGUGAUGCCACACAACCACAGCAAGAAGAUUGCGCAAUUCUACUGGGCAGACAAGAAGCUGGUGGAAAAAGCAAUCAAAACUGCGACCGAAACACAAGUCAAAUGGGACAAAACUCCAAUUUCGGAGCGGGUGAAAAUUUGGCAGAAAGCAGCCGACCUAAUGGCUGGUCCAUAUCGCCAGGAACUGAACGCCGCCACCAUGCUAGGGCAGGCCAAGACUGUGAUCCAAGCGGAGAUCGAUUCCGCCGCGGAACUAAUAGACUUUAUUAGGAUGAACACAUAUUAUCUAAAGGAAGCAUGCAAGUAUCAACCAAUUAGCGAGAAUUCAAAGGUCACCAAAAAUUCAAUGCGAUACCGUGGCAUAGAUGGGUUUAUUGCCGCUGUCAGCCCGUUCAAUUUUACUGCCAUCGGUGGUAAUCUUGCCUACACGCCAGCAUUAAUGGGCAAUGGAGUUCUCUGGAAACCUUCCGAUACGGCUCUGCUGUCCAACUAUGUCAUCUUUAAAAUUAUGCGGGAAGCUGGAGUACCUCCGGGUGUGGUGAACUUUAUUCCAACCGAUGGUCCCGUUUUUGGGGACACAAUAACUGCUUCGCCGUAUCUGGCCGGUAUCAACUUCACCGGAUCCGUACCCACUUUCAACCGAUUGUGGCGCCAAGUUGGCGAAAACAUCAACAUUUACAAUAACUUCCCGCGGCUCAUCGGCGAGUGCGGUGGUAAAAACUAUCACUUCGUUCAUCCGUCGGCCGAUAUCCAAUCGGUAGUGAAUGGAACUAUCCGAUCGUCGUUCGAGUUUUGCGGCCAGAAGUGCUCCGCCUGCUCCCGGAUGUACGUUCCCGAAUCGUUGUGGCCUAAAGUUAAAGAGGGCCUGCAGAAAACACGCGACACGCUCAAGAUUGGGGAUCCGACGGACUUCGGCACAUUCGCAUCGGCCGUCAUCGACGAUAAAGCAUUUAUGCGGAUCAAAUCAUACGUGGAUCAUGCGAAAAAUUCGAAGAAUUUGGAAAUCAUCGCUGGCGGAAAGUGUGACGACAGCAAAGGCUAUUUCAUCGAGCCGACGAUCGUACAGACAUCGGAUCCAUUGGACAAAAUUAUGACUGAGGAAAUUUUUGGCCCGGUACUGUCCAUCUACGUGUACAAAGACAAGGACCUGGAUCAAACAAUGAAAAUGGUCGGCGAUUCGACACGAUUCGCGUUGACCGGGGCGGUGUUUUCGAAAGACGAGGCUUUCUUGAAACGAGCCCUGGAGGAGCUCAAACUAACUGCUGGAAACUUUUAUAUCAAUGAUAAGUCUACCGGUUCUGUCGUUGGACAGCAACCAUUUGGUGGCGGUCGGAUGUCUGGCACAAACGACAAGGCUGGCGGUCCACACUACGUUCUCCGGUGGUCGACGCCGCAGUCCAUCAAGGAAACCUUCGUACCAUUGAGUGAAGUCGACUACCAAUACAUGCGUGAGUAAGCUGAAAGCUAGUCUCUCGCGUCAGCUGCUGUUCAUUGUAUGAGUAUAAACCAUUGUGAUAAGACAAAGCGCAGAUCGAUUCUUUCCUACUUUUCGGCAUUGUCCCAUAUAAAAGAACUCGGAGCUCGAUUCGAAGCCACAUUUAGCCAAUCAAUUGCCACUAACACAAAAGCACCCCUCCUAGAAGUAUUGUUUACCUUUUAAGUCUUGAAAAAAAAAUUUCGUCAAAUGAUCAUAGAUUCUCGAAACUCCAAGAAUUCUCCACGUUGAAAUUAUUUCUAUACUACCUAUUAAUUUGUCUCGUCUUCAUAAGAGAGAACACUAGUUAGAUCUGAUACAGACAAACACUCUCUUACUUGCUUCUUUUCACUUAUUACAACAUUUGGUUUGGAACAUAACAUAAAUCUACUUCAAAAUGGAAGUAUUUGUGGAGGUAUUUCUAAACGGCAACUGUCUGCUUGUUUUUCAUGUUUUGAAAGAAUAAACAUCCUUGUUAAUCAAUAAAUGUUAUUAUUGUGCGAAAUCCAAAA